ACUCCUCCUCCUCCCACCUCACCGUCUCCCUCCCCAUCCAUCGCCAUCCCUCCCUUCCUCUCUCUGCACACACGGCGCACACACACAGCGCGCUCUCUCACGACACACUCCGUGCGGAUGUUCAUCGGAGACGAGCGCACAACGCAGCCAACACCACCACCAACACCACCAACACCACCGCCACCAACACCACCACCGCCACAGACGGUGGUUGUUGUGACGGCGUCUGCACGCCAGACGACGCCUCCAUCGCCUCCCCCCCCGCCACGUCUCAGGGCGACGUGUCUAAGUUCAGUACAACGGCGUGGAGAGACGCACACGAGGAGCGAUACGCAGCAGACACGAGGCCCACGGCGAUGGGAAAGCAACGCCUGACGCUGGGACUCCGUCUCCCACGCUCCACUCCCCGCAGGAACAGCCUCUCGUCUUCCCUGGAGGCGCUCUCCCUCUACCUGCCCUGCCUCUCGCCUCCCGGCUCGCACCCCGGUGCGGGUGUGCGUCGGCACAGCACGGUGCGGCGCAGCACGGAGACGGGUUUGGCCGCGGAGCCCCCCACGCGCUCCCCGCGGGGGGGGGCGCCCCCCCCUGCCGGCCUCUCCCCCCGGCCCACCCCCACCCCGCACCCCCGCGCCUCCGUCUCCAGCCGAGCUCACAGCCUGCCCUGCGAGUCCACUCUGGCGCUGUACCCCCAGGUGAGGCUGCACUCCCACGCUGAGCUGAGCGGCUUUCUGGACGGACUGGGGCCGGGCCAAGUGGCAGGGAGACAGAGCCUGGCCACCCUCUCCCUCGGGGACGUGGAGCUGGGCGUCUCUCUGAAGGACGAGGGCCUCACUGUGGAUCUGCUGCGAGCCCGCAACCUCGUUCCGAAACCCGGAGCCAAGACACUGCCACUGCUCACGGUGAAGGUGUACCUGCUGUGCGGGGGGGCGUGCGUGGACAAGCGCAAGGUGCGUGCCGCGCAGCGCUCGCUCGAGCCGGACUUCCACCACAAGCUGACCUUCGACGAGACCCCGCGCGGGAAGGUCCUCCAGGUGGUGCUGUGGGGCGACUACAGCCGGCGCGACAGCAAGUCCUUCAUGGGGCUGGCUCAGAUCGCUCUGGACGAGCUGGGCCUGCACCCUGCCUCCUCGACCGGCGACGAAGACGAAGAGGAGGGCGGCGGCGGUGGCGGCGGCGCCAACAACAACAACAACAGCAGCGGUGCCAACGCCGGCGACGCCGGCGACUCCGGGGGCACGGACGCCGCGGCCGCCGGUGCUACCGGUGCCGCCGGCGCCCCCCCCGUCUCGACCGUCGCUGCCGCCGAGUGCCACGCCCCGGCGUGGUACCGGCUGUUCCCGCGCGGCGCCGGCGCCCUGCUGGCGGGGCGGCCCACGGCGCGCGCCAUCUCCGAGUCGUCGCUGGAGAGCGCGUCGGCGCUCGACCCCAGCUCGCCGGGCUACGAGUCGCUCUCGCCGGGCGUGGAGUCGCUCUCGCCGAGCCCCUUCGGCUCGCGCUCGCUCAUCACGCCGAGCCCCAGCUUCGAGGGCCACGCGGCCGGAGGGGCCGCGGCGGCGGCGGCGCCGAUGGCCGGCGCGAGUUCGCUGGAGCGGCCGCUGAGUUACGGCGAGGUGAGAGGAGAAGCGUCGUGAAGGGGGCCGAGAGGCCCGAGGGAGGCGACGAUGCUGCUGCUGCUGCGUCGCGCCGUGAGGGAGACGCUGCCACGGGAGACGGAGGGAGCAGGGGGGGGCAGGGGGGGAGGUGCGUGGGAGAGCGAGUCUCUGAUACUGAUGUUCCACAGUUUUUAUUAAUUUUUAUUACGAUCGUAGGGGAGAUUUUUUUGUCCCGAGGUUGUUGCGUUUCCGCCCAUUCGCUGCCCUAUUCACUAUUUUGCGUCGGUAGCCCCCAGCUCAUGGAAUACGGAGGGGGAAGCCCCUUGGUUGGUGUCUGUGGAGUGUUCGGGAUAGAGCUUAGCGCUAGCUGUUGUUACUCUGGAGGGUUAGCGUUAGGGUUUUGAGUUAAGGCUGAUGGGGUAUAGGGGUUAGGCUGCAGCGUUAGGGUUACUAAUUAAUUAGAGCUUAGCGGUUAGGGUUAAGGAUUAGUGUUAGGAACCACCCCUCGCAGCAGGAACCACCUAUUUGUUCUAGAUUCAACGACUAAUGCCAGCAGACUCGUUUCUGAGAUCAGAGGCAAUACACGGGCCACAAGACUUCCCCAACACGAUCUUCUAAGAUGAUCAUUACCGUCAAAAUGACCCCCUCCACCCCCGUCGCCCAAUUCGCCGAACGUCGUUGCGUUGUCGGGGGCGGACGUUGAGCGAGCGAGAAGCGAGGUCAGAACGGACGCGAGAGGGAGUGGAGGACGAGACGGUGGUGGUCGCGGUGGUGGCGGCGGUGGCGGCAGUGGUGCGGUUAAAAUCUGCGAUGUGCACCUCCCGUCAUCGUCGUCGUCGUCAGCUGCUGCUGCUGCUGCUGCUCCGCUAUCCUGAUCAGGGCCGUCCAGACAGGUUGGGGGUGUAGGGGGCGGUGGCGGUAAGCAAAGCGCCACUUGGCACCGGACCUCACACGAAAGAGGGGACCCCCGCGGCACUGAUGCCGAUUGAUCUUUACAAAAGAAUAAUAAUAAUUAAGAAUCUUACCGAAGCAUUCAUUAUUUAUUAAUAUCCGUCCAACAAAAAAGGGCUGUCCCGUCGCGGUCUUCGCGCUCCGGCCAGCCAGCCAGCGAGCCAUUGGAACUUUGCGCAACACGGACAACGCCACGGGUGACAACGCCGACCGCCUGUGGCGGCUCUGCAUUUAAAGAACGGAGCGCUCUGAACGUCGGGGAUCCAGGGCUCCGUCGGGCGCACGGCAGAGGUCGCAAACGGGUUUUGAUUCCUUACCCGUACCCGUACCCGGCCGCACCAGGGUCGCAAACGGGUACCCGUUCCCUACCCGUACUCGUACCCUACCCGAAAUGAGUGACAAACGGUUACUCACCAGUGACUCACAGCCUACCCGUACCCGGCCGCACCAGGGUCGCAAACGGGUACCCGUACCCGGCCGGGUACGGGUAGCCGGGUAUCGGGUAGGGUACGGGUAUCGGGUACCCGGUUGCGACCUCUGGCUGCUGCGCGUCGCGACGCUUCCGGCCGUGCGCCAAAGCCUCUGGCCAAGCGUGGCACGCAAGUCGGACGCUUCUCGAUUUUAAAGUUUCCCGUCACGGUUCUUGGGUGGGCUCCGGGGGAGGUGGGGGGGGUCGUAGGUUCCGAGCCGGCGCCGCCAAACUCCUGGGUUCGAAUCUGGGGGUCCAGCCGCAGCGAUGGAGCCGAGGACUCGAGUCGUACCGACGUCGACGAUCUCAGCCCGGUCACCCGAAGACCGCCGAAACAAAAAACCACUCGCUCGCAUUCGAUUUAACGGAAAGUUUGAGCUUCCUUUGGCUAAAUCAGAAAUCCGAGAAUUGAAAAAAAUAUCUUUCGAUUUAAAGCUUUCGUGACUGCAGGGAUUCAUCGUCUUGGUUCUUUCGGGAAAGUCACGUAGAAGGGAAAUAAUAACAUAAAAUAAAAAAGUUUUAUUAUGUAUUUAUUUAUUUUAUUUAUUCCCUUCUACGUGACUUUACCGAAAGAACCAAGAAGAUGAAAAAAGAUCGAUCGGUUCAACUGCCGUGCGACGAGCAUUUCCAUCCGCGGCAGAACGAGCGCCGCCCCAUCGUGCACACGCGUGCGUGCGGAUGAAAACAGGCACACCAUUGGAACCUCAUUUGCCAGUAAAAAAUAUGAUUAUUGUUUUUUUACCCUCUUAUCUGGCAACAAAACUGACACCUUUUUUACGAGGAGUCAUGUUUGCAUAGACCACAAUACCUGGAGUCAUAAUGCAAACAAAAAACAUAACUCUGAUAAUGCAUGCACUGUCCUUGAAGUUGAAUGGUCCACACCCGAGACAGCUUUCCUUAGAGCCUAGUCUCACAUGGGUUGGACCAGAUGACGCCAAAAGGCGCACAACUCAAAGACGAUGCACCAUCAGAGUAUGAGAGCUCGGGGUAAGCAUAUACACCAUUGGCACAUUUGAAGGGAUCUCAGAAGUAGCUCUGCCAUGUCCGCUUCGGCGGGGUCGUUCCCUAACACGUGGGGUGACGCAACUCCGCUCUGCGAGAGUUCCGAAUUGGUUCCCUCCCGGUUCAUAGCACAAUGGCGAGAGCACAAUCAGAAAGUGUCAAAUGCAGCUGAAUCCCUCUCAACGACGGUGAUUGGUUCCACGGAACCGGUCGUCAAGUGAUUUGGUCGUUAAGCGAGUACAGGAAAUGCACGUUAAAGGUUUCAUGAGUUCCGAUAGCAUCGAAAAUUGCCAUCUUUGACCCGAUAAAACGUACUUUAUCAUAUUUAAAUACUGGCUAUUCAUACAUAAAGAUACCAACAACAGUAUAAACACACAAUAAUAUUAAAAUAAACAGUUAAUUAAUCCAUUAAUUAUUAUUUACUGUAGCUACAACAGCUUGUCGUUAACAGGGGAAUGGUCGGUAAGCGAACACAUUGGGCUCUAUGGAGGCACUACACUACUUUACACUACACUAUACACUACACUACUAUAAACUACACUAUACACUACACUAUACACUACACAUUGGGCUCUAUGGAGGCACUACACUACUUUACACUACACUAUACACUACACUACUUUACACUACACUAUACACUA